UCCCUCUAGUUAACCGUACUCAUCUUCCUACUCUAUUGUGUUGUUGCGGCCAUGGGACAGGUACUGCUCAUAGAGGCAUUCAAGAAUGCAAUUGCAUUAGAACAGAAGGCAGACCUGCUGCUUACAGAAGAAUACUUGAAGUUAUACUCUCCCAAGAAACUUUCACAAUUGGGACUUGCGGUUGUUAAUUUAGUAGUUUCCAACUUGAAAACGGGACUUGGUGGAAAGACCUUGAUUGAAUUACAGCAAGACCCUGCUACCAGUUCAUCCCCCGAUGAAGAUAUUCAACCGGGUACCAUUCGAGUGGGAGACAUUGUUAAGGUGUCUCGAAUGAAGGCAUCAAAUGUAUCGAAUGAUACGACCACCGAUUCAGAAGCGCCAAUUGAAGCAGUAGUAACUAGAAUUAAUACCAAAACCAUAACAGUAUCCGUGGAGGAAGAUACCAAUGACGAGAGAAUUCUUGCUCUUUAUAACAACACUGGAAAUGAUCUGACAAGAAUGUGGAUUGUAAAACUUACUAAUUCCGUCACAUACAAGCGGAUGGUAUCAACUAUGAACAAAUUAGAAGAGUUGAUUGAACUGGGGAAAAGUAAUCAGAAUCAAAUCAUUAGCCUUUUGAUCGGCGAUACAAAGUACAACAAGAUUUCAUCGGGAACAAAGAUCAAGGAUUCCGAAUUUUUCGACCCAAACUUGAAUGAAUCUCAGAAGAAAGCCAUCAACUUUGCAGUCAAUGAGUCACCAAUAACAAUUAUCCAUGGUCCACCAGGAACAGGUAAGACAUAUACACUUAUAGAAUUGAUUAAACAAUUGAGUUUUAAUAAGAAGGAAAAAGUAUUGGUUUGUGGACCUUCAAAUAUUUCAGUUGAUACAAUCUUGGAAAGAUUAUCAUCGGUGUUUACUAACGAAGACACAACUUCUGGUGAAUCUACGAAAAGUAAGAGAAAGAGUAAGAAAUCUACAUCCAACCUGGGAUGUUCUCCAGAAAAGCUUAUUCGUAUUGGACACCCUGCAAGACUUUUACCAGGAAAUUUAGCCCAUUCAUUGGAUGUUCUCUCCAAAACCAAUUAUGCUGGUGCAUCAGCUUCUACUUCAGAUAGCAAACAAAUUCUUGCAGAUAUUCAAAAGGAAAUCUCUGAUGCAGUUUAUAAAGUUAAAAAGUGUAAAAGAUAUUCUGAACGAAGAGCAUUAUGGACUGAAUUGAAGACACUCCGCAAGGAGUUAAGAAUCAGAGAGAAGAAGAUUACUGAGGAGCUCUUACAAGGUGCCCAAGUGAUUUUACUGACUCUCCAUGGUGCUGGAUCUUAUGAGUUAACUUCUUUAUACAAAAACGAAGCUCUUCAGUUUGGCCCAGAGAAUCCACUUUUCGAUACAAUUAUAAUAGAUGAAGUCUCACAAUCACUUGAACCACAAUGUUGGAUCCCUAUGAUAUGCCAUUUAGGGUUCAAAAGAUUGGUUAUCGCCGGUGAUAACAUGCAAUUACCUCCUACAGUCAAGUCAAAAGAUGAAAGUUUGGGAAGGUUUAGUUUGGAAGAAGUAGCAGACCUUGAAUUGACGUUAUUUGAUAGGUUAGUAUUGGAUCAUGAUGGUGAUUUAUACAAGCAGCUUCUUGAUACUCAAUACAGAAUGAAUACGAAAAUAAUGCAAUUCCCAUCCAGUGAAUUAUAUGAAAAUAAAUUGAGGGCCCAUGAAUCAGUAGCAAAUAUUUUGCUAACUGAUCUUCCAAAUGUGAAGGGACUGUCUAGAACUGACGAUGACGACGAUAUAGAUGACAUAGCCACAACUUGUAUCUGGUAUGAUACGCAAGGUGGCGACUACCCUGAGAAGUCGACAGAUACGGACGAUUCUGUUGCCGAUAUGACUGGCUCCAAAUAUAAUGAGUUAGAAGCGCUUCUCUGUAUGCAACAUUUGGGAAAACUUCUAGACUCAGGUGUUGCACCUGGUGACAUUGGAAUAAUUUCGCCUUACAAUGCGCAGGUUUCAUUAUUGAAGAAGUCAUUACAUAGAGAACGACCGGAAAUGGCUAUUGCCGACCAGGUAAGUGGGGGAAAAGUUGAAAUAUCUACAGUGGACGGGUUUCAAGGUAGAGAAAAGGAGGCGAUCAUUGUAUCUCUUGUUAGGUCGAAUGAUAACCGCGAAGUUGGGUUUUUGAAAGAUAAACGUCGACUUAAUGUUGCAAUUACUAGGCCAAAACGGCAUCUCUGCGUAGUGGGAGAUCUUGAGCUCAUGCAAGUCAGUGGGGUAAAAUUUCUCAAGAACUGGGCUGAGUUUGCAGAAGAGAACUUCGAGAUCAGAUAUCCUCAACUAGGUGAUUACUGAUUCAAAAUGGUAUGACGUGACGUAAUGUCACUAAAAAAAAAAGAAAUUUCAGUAGUGUCAGACUAUUGUAAGACAUUCUCUACAUCAAGAACUAUAAACAUGUCAACGAUCCCAACGGCUCUACAUUCCAAAUAGUGAUACUGGUCAUCGGGCCAACCUAAAGUACAUAGUACACCAUACAUACUGCUCAUUGAAUGUUCUAGAUACACAUAUUAUAGUGGUAGGAUAGGGG